UCAAAUAUAUUUCUUUUCUUGGGCCGUAAUGAUGCUGCUGCUGCUGUUGCUGUUCAGUCUGCCAAUGGCAAGAAACGAUCUUGGGGAGUACAGAACUGGACUUGCUGUUCAGCCCCAGCAAUGCCAUGUCCACGAGGAGGUCUUCCUCAUGAAGGAGCACUUCCAUCCUCUGCAAGGUGUCACCGCCAAGCGGUUGCAUUUGACCUGGUGGUGUGCCCUCCUGGAAAGUCUCUUCCUGCUGCUGCUGGUGAAGCUGCUGCAGUGGUAGUACUAUGAGCCAACAGUAAGCGCGCACUUUUGGGCCUGGCGCUGGAAAAUCGCUGACAAAUGUUUCCGUCAAAACAUACAAAAAAGUUUU